UUCCUGCCAAAGCAGUAAAUAUCAGGCGACCUAGCAAGCAGCCACAAGCUAUGAGGCUACUCCCUGUAUCAGCAGAAUAGACAAUGUUCUGUCGUCCUUUAUCUAAUUUAGCCAGUUAACAGCCUGGCGUCUAUUGGGUGUGUGGUGUAUUCCGAUUUGCGAUGAACCGACAGUUUCACUUUGUGUUAUAAGAGAGACUUGUCCACUUAAAUCUGUGGUGACUUUGCUAGCUUGACAGGUUAGCUUAACGCCAGCAAGCUGAGUUAGCGUCUAAAGCAGGCGUCGUUGCCAGUCACUAUGCAAGGGGAAACCACGGCCAUACGAAUCACGGAAAACGAAGGCAAGCUGGAUGUAUUUCCCCAGAACAGGACCCCAAGCUCGGGGAGAGCAAGUGCCAAAAGCUGGCAGUAUAGUGACCACAUGGAGAAUAUCGAUGGAUACUUGAUGAAAUACACCAACCUUGUGACAGGGUGGCAAUAUAGGUUCUUUGUCUUAAACAAUGAGGCGGGCUUGCUGGAGUACUUUGUCAAUGAGCAGUCACGGCCCCAGAAGCCCCGCGGCAUGCUUCCCCUGGCAGGGGCCGUCAUCUCCCCCAGCGACGAGGACUCGCACACCUUCACUGUCAACGCAAUCAGUGGAGAGCAGUACAAGCUCAGGGCCACCGAUGCCAAAGAGAGGCAGCACUGGGUGAGCAGGCUGCAAAUCUGCACACAGCACCACACAGAGGCCAUGGGGAAGAGUAAUCCCCCACCCAAGUCCCGGAGCUACUCUAUGGUGUCUCAAGGCAGUGGCAGCUCCCCCAUGUCUCUGCGCCGGCCCAGCCAAAACCCCACCUCCUUAUUUGGCUGGUCGCAGGUCCACAAGGGCUCGUCACUCUACUCCAGCAAGAGGUCCCUGCUGCCAGACCACUUGCUGGAUGCCAGAGAGAUGAUGAGUCAGGCACAGGGCCAGCACAGAGACCUGAUCCAGAGCAUUGAGGGCCUGCCUGCAGCCCCGGGCCUUUCCCCUUUAGACCAGGAUCUGCUGAUGCUCAAAGCCACUUCCAUGGCCACAAUGAACUGCCUCAACGAGUGUCUGCACAUCCUGCACCUGCAGCAGGUGGCCAGGCAGAGAGGCUCCCUGGGAGGACCCACCAUCGAGUGGCUGGAGCCCAAGCUGCCUGACAUCCUGAAGAACGGCAGCAGCUCCCUGGGCAGCUUUACGACAGGGGAAGGCCCGCUGGAGGGGAGCCGCCUGGAGCUCAGUAGCCCAGAGUCCUGCAGCUUCUCUGGGGAACAGGAGGACAUUGAUGCAGAGGAUGAGGUGGAGGACUGUUUCACAGACAAAGAAGAGGACCUGGGUGUUGUGGAGGAGGAGCGCAGCGUCAUCCUACACCUGCUGUCCCAGCUGAAGCUGGGCAUGGACCUCACGCGGGUGGUCCUCCCCACCUUCAUCUUAGAGAAGCGCUCUCUGCUGGAGAUGUAUGCUGACUUCAUGUCACACCCGGACCUCUUUGUGGCCAUCACCAAUGGCAGCAGCCCGGAGGACCGCAUGGUGCGGUUUGUGGAGUACUACCUCACCUCAUUCCAUGAGGGCCGCAAGGGUGCCAUCGCAAAGAAGCCCUACAACCCCAUCAUCGGUGAGACCUUCCACUGCUCCUGGAAGGUACCCAGAAGACCAGAGGCUUCCAAAGAGCCCUCACAAGGAAGCCCUGACUCGGCCGCCUCCCAGGACUCCUACCAAGUGCGCUUUGUGGCGGAGCAGGUGUCACACCAUCCCCCUGUGUCUGGUUUCUAUGCUGAAUGCCAGGAGAGGCGAAUGUGUGUGAACACACAUGUGUGGACCAAGAGCAAGUUCAUGGGUAUGUCCAUCGGAGUAUCCAUGAUCGGGGAAGGGUGCCUGUAUUUGCUAGAACAUGAUGAAGAGUACACUUUCACGCUGCCUUGUGCAUAUGCACGCUCCAUCCUCACCGUCCCCUGGGUGGAGCUGGGUGGCAAAGUCAACAUCAGCUGCACCAAGUCGGGCUACUCGGCCAUCAUCACUUUCCAGACGAAACCAUUUUAUGGUGGCAAAUUACACAAAGUGACAGCGGAAGUGAAGCACAAUGCCACCAAUGCGGUGGUGUGCCGCGUACAGGGCGAGUGGAAUGGCAUCUUGGAGUUUAGCUACACUAGCGGGGAGACGAAGGUGGUCGAUGUCACCAAGCUGCCUGUCAAGAAGAAGUGCGUUCGGCCGAUUGAGAAGCAGGGACCGACCGAGUCCAGGCGUCUGUGGCAGCAUGUGACAGAGUCUUUACGGCAGAAGGAUAUCGAAAAAGCCACAGAGCACAAGAGGCUUCUCGAGGAGAGGCAGAGGACAGAGGAGAGGCACCGCGUUGAGACUGAAACCGCUUGGAGGACCAGAUACUUUGACAGAGAGGGUGAAGGCUGGGUCUAUCACAAACCACUUUGGAAAAACCCUGCAUUCAAAUCCUAGUAUCUUCAGUCCAUACUUCUGUUGUUGAUAUUGUAGAUUUGGGAAUGUGUGUGUGUGUGUGUGUGCAUGAGUGAGUGUAUGUGUCUGUGCGAGCACACGCGUGUGGUUGACGGCUAUGAAAUGAGAGCAUGACCUGCACUGACAUUCAGGUGAAUGCAACACGGGAGACGGCGUGACUGAAGGUGUUCUCAGAUCUCACUCAUGAAGUUCACAAAGCCUAUGAGUACAUGUUUUUGUACUGCUGAUCCGUUUUUGUAUUUUGCUUCUUUUUUUUUUUUUGUUUUUUUUUUUCAAUCCACUGUCAAUGAAAACUUGUAUAGCUAAUGGUACUCUACACAGCCUUAAGAUAGUCUGAUGAAUGAUUCUCCAAGUCUGAGUUCUGCUGAUCAACACAGAUAUGGUUCUUCUACUCUUCUUUUUUUAUAGCUUUGGUAUCACACUUGUUCAACAUAAGAUAUCCAACAUAAAAACCUACAUAAUUGGAAUACUGCCUGGUAAAUGUAAAGCUGUGAAACUGUGAUAAGUUAGGUUUAGUUUACUGGAAUGUAAAUUUGCUGUACAUGAUCAUCUAUGUUAAAGCGCCUCAAAAAGCAAACAUUUUAUGUGGAAAUAAAACUAAGAGAAAACAUUUUAGGUGCUAGAUUUUAAAAGUGAAAAACUCAUCGAUGGUUUUCAUCAGAUUUUAUUGACUACAAUCAAAAAACUCUCAUCAGAUUGUUGCUUAAAUGUUGCUCGACCCUGACUGGUGCACGAAGGAAUGUGGCGAAUUAUGUUGUGUCUACUUUAAACCCUUGAGAAGAAAAACGACAUGAAAAUUGUUUUUUUGGUCUUUUUGGUUUUCUGGGCUUUUUAAAAUACAAAAACAUUUAACCAUAUAGACAAGCCAUUUCCACUGUCAUCGAGUACAUUUACCCAAGAGUAGCUAAUCAUCAUAUGCACUUUUUACAGAUGAAUACUUUUCCUUUUUAAGACUUUGUAGGAAACUGCAUCUGAAGUGCACUAAUUUGUCUGAGUUAUUUAAUCCAUAUAAAAUCUAAAUUGGUUUCAUGGGGGAUUAUGUGUCUUCGUUAGCUUCCGUCAUUACUGAAAACUGCUGACUGGCUGCAGCAGGGACAUAUGACAGUUUUAUUGAUCUUCUUAUCUAAGCCAUGGCAAGAAAGUCAAUAAGCAUAAUUCCCAAUAAUGCUGACUUGUUUAACCCUUGUAUGUUGUUCGGGGCUGUGGGACCCGUUUUCAUUUUUUAUGAAACAACACAAGUUUGCAGCAUUGUUGGAAAAUUCAAGCACUGACACCUGCCUGCUCUCACAUUCCUGCACAUUUUACCCUCUGUCUUGAUUUGCUCAUACUCUAUCCCAGCUGCAAAGUGGAGGCAACCCUGAUCCUAAUGUCACCAUUGAUGAGCAGCUGAUGCCCUUUAGGGUGCCAUGGAAGCUGACCUGAAUGGGUUAAAUUUCUAAUGAACUUCAAAUAAAUAAAAAUCCAUAGUUAUGAAAAAACUUGCUUCAUUUGUAAAUUUGUUGAAUUUAUUUCCACUAAUAUCUUGAUUAUUGUAGUGUAUAUUGACUGUAAUUGGAAUGAAGUAAACAUCUGUUGAGUAUUUUAAUAUAAAAUUGUUUUUAUUGUCGACCUACUAACACACAGACUGAAUAACAAAAAUAUGAACACCACACAAGGGUUAAAGAGGGCUCACCUCUGCAGUUGUGCAUACUGAAUUUAUUUCUAAAUUCUUAUCUAUUUUUGGUUUGCUGCUGCAUUGAUAUUGUUGCACUGACUAAUCCACACUGCUUGAAUGGCAUGCUGUAAACUAUCAGACUAAUAACCAAAUUUGAAAUGAUCAAAUUGUUACAUUCGAAUGAGUCGUGUGAUUGCGUCUGAAGACUGCUGCCCCACCAUUCAUUCAUUCCUUUUUAAAAGCUCUGUGGUUUUGCAGUGGAUGUUAAAGUUCCUACAUGCAUGAUUGCAAAGUCUCCCUGUUCACACUGACUGCAGGAAGCAUCCUCCCUCUGUGUCUAAAUGUUUGUCGUAAAAGCUUUUAACCAGAUUUGCUUGUUUUGUAAUUGAAGAUAAAUAUUAUUUUCUUUGAAAGUGUGUUUAUCCCCAAUGUUGUGCUUUCAUUGCUCUCAUUUUUAGUAUCAGGCAGGAUAGUUUGUGUUCCCUGCAGACAGAGGAAAUCCACCCUGCCAUUGAUAAGCUACUCCCUCCACGUCCUGGUGCCUUAUGCGAACUAUUUCUGUGCGUGUCUUCCAGCUACGGAGCACAGCGUUUUCAUUAGUUAUUCACCUGACCGAUGCAAUGGCGUAUGUAAAAUUUGUGUGUGCUUUGUUUUUAAGAAUCAGUGCUUAAUGUCAAAGAGUUGACUGUUGAGCACUUUUACCCUUGUUCUUGAUUGUUUCUGUUUUGUUUUUUUUUUGUUUUUUGUUUUUUUGGGGGGGUUGAAUUCUAUCGGCUGUCUUGCUCACAUAUGAAAUGCACUGAAAUUGAGGGAAGCCUGAUGUUGUAGAAAAAUGAACGUGUGACAAUAAUCAAAUAAAUUGCAUAUCAGUUGUA